CCGCCGGCGGCGGCAGCAGCCAUUUCAUCUCCACAGAAACCAGACACAAAAACAUGGCAGAAAUGGAGAAAGAAGGGAGACCUCCGGAAAAUAAAAGGAGCAGGAAACCGGCUCACCCAGUGAAAAGGGAGAUCAAUGAGGAAAUGAAGAAUUUUGCAGAAAAUACCAUGAAUGAACUCCUUGGCUGGUAUGGCUAUGAUAAGGUUGAAUUAAAAGAUGGUGAAGAUAUAGAAUUCAGGAGCUAUCCUACAGAUGGGGAGAGCCGGCAGCACAUUUCUGUUCUCAAAGAAAAUUCUUUGCCAAAACCAAAAUUACCUGAGGACAGUGUUAUUUCACCAUACAAUAUAAGCACAAGCUAUUCAGGGCUUGCCACUGGAAAUGGACUCAGUGACUCACCUGCAGGAUCAAAGGAUCAUGGCAAUGUGCCUAUUAUUGUACCUUUAAUUCCGCCACCUUUCAUAAAGCCACCAGCAGAAGAUGAUGUGUCAAAUGUACAAAUAAUGUGUGCCUGGUGCCAGAAAGUGGGAAUCAAGCGCUAUUCCCUGAGUAUGGGGAGCGAGGUGAAAAGCUUCUGCAGCGAGAAGUGCUUUGCGGCCUGCCGGCGAGCCUACUUCAAAAGGAACAAGGCUAGAGAUGAAGAUGGACAUGCUGAAAAUUUUCCCCAGCAGCACUAUGCUAAGGAAACUCCAAGGCUUGCCUUCAAGAAUAACUGCGAACUACUUGUAUGUGACUGGUGUAAGCACAUAAGACACACAAAAGAAUACCUGGAUUUUGGGGACGGGGAAAGAAGGCUUCAGUUCUGCAGUGCAAAAUGUCUCAACCAAUACAAAAUGGACAUUUUCUACAAAGAGACACAGGCCAAUCUUCCAGCUGGGCUGUGCAGCACAUUACACCCGCCCAUGGAAAAUAAAGCAGAAGGCACCGGGGUGCAGCUGCUCACUCCAGACUCUUGGAAUAUCCCGCUAACUGAUGCUCGGAGGAAGGCUCCCUCCCCGGUGGCUGCCGCUGUCCAAAGCCAAGGCCCUGGCCCAUCCACGUCCACCACCGUCUCUCCAUCUGACACAGCCAACUGCUCUGUCACUAAAAUCCCCACGCCGGUGCCCAAGUCUAUCCCCAUCAGCGAGACUCCGAACCUCCCUCCUGUCUCUGUGCAGCCGCCUGCUAGCAUCGGACCUCCCCUGGGCGUCCCUCCUCGCAGCCCUCCUAUGGUGAUGACCAACCGCGGCCCGGUGCCGCUGCCCAUCUUCAUGGAGCAGCAGAUCAUGCAGCAGAUCCGCCCGCCCUUCAUCCGCGGGCCACCGCACCACGCCUCCAACCCCAACAGCCCACUGUCCAACCCCAUGCUUCCUGGCAUUGGGCCCCCACCCGGCGGCCCCAGGAACCUGGGCCCCACUUCCAGUCCUAUGCACCGACCCAUGCUAUCGCCCCACAUCCACCCCCCAAGCACGCCCACCAUGCCUGGGAACCCUCCGGGCCUGCUGCCCCCGCCGCCCCCGGGCGCCCCCUUGCCGAGUCUUCCCUUCCCGCCGGUAAGCAUGAUGCCAAAUGGCCCGAUGCCCGUGCCCCAGAUGAUGAAUUUCGGGCUGCCGUCGCUCGCGCCCCUGGUGCCGCCCCCCACCCUGCUCGUGCCGUACCCGGUGAUCGUGCCCCUGCCCGUGCCCAUCCCCAUCCCCAUCCCCAUCCCCCACGUCAAUGAUUCCAAGCCCCCCAACGGAUUCUCCAGCAACGGGGAGAGCUUCAUUCCGAGCGCCCCGGGCGACUCCUCUGCGGCCGGAGGCAAGCCCGGAGGACGCUCCUUGUCCCCCCGGGACUCCAAGCAGGGCUCGUCCAAGUCCUCGGACUCGCCGCCCGGCUGCUCGGGCCAGGCCCUGAGCCUGGCGCCCGCGGAGCCCGGCCGGAGCGAGGUGGUGGACCUGACCCGGCGUGGAGGCAGCCCCCCGGGCGCGGGCGGCCAGCCCGGCUUCCCGGGCGUGCUGCAGGGCCCACAGGACGGGGUCAUCGACCUGACGGUGGGCCACCGGGCCCGGCUGCACAACGUGAUCCACCGCGCGCUGCACGCGCACGUCAAGGCGGAGCGCGAGCCGGGCGCGGCGGAGCGCAGGACCUGCGGCGGCUGCAGGGACGGCCACUGCAGCCCGCCCGCCGCCGGCGACCCGGGCCCGGGCGCUCCCGCGGGCCCCGAGGCCGCCGCGGCCUGCAACGUCAUCGUGAACGGCACGCGCAGCGCCGCGGCCGAGGGCGCCAAGGGCGCGGAGCCGCCGCCCGAGCAGCCGCCGCCGCCCCCGCCGCCGCCGCCCGGGCCGCCCAGGAAGCUGCUGUCGCCCGAGGAGCCGGCCGUGAGCGAGCUGGAGUCGGUCAAGGAGAACAACUGUGCGUCCAACUGCCACCUGGACGGGGAGGCGGCCAAGAAGCUGAUCGGGGAGGAGGCCCUGGCGGGGGGCGACAAAUCGGACCCGAACCUGAAUAACCCCGCGGACGAGGACCACGCCUACGCCCUGCGCAUGCUGCCCAAGACCGGCUGCGUGAUCCAGCCAGUGCCAAAACCCGCGGAGAAGACUGGCCUGGCGCCGUGCAUCAUCUCCUCGCCCAUGCUCAGCACCGGGCCCGAGGACCUGGAGCCGCCGCUCAAAAGGAGGUGCCUCCGAAUUAGAAAUCAGAAUAAGUAAAAGGAAUGAGCAUUCCCAGGGUACCUUGCAUGGAGAGGGUGCGGAGUAAACCAUGACACGCCAUCCAAUGACACCAGCUGGUCAGCUCACCACCCCCUCUGGCUAAAAGUCAAGCAAAUAAAGCCGCUUCCUGUCAUUAAGCAUCUCAGAGGAAGCAGCCCUCCCUCGGUGGCCUCCAGCCCAGAGAAGCCAGCACGUCUUGGACCCAGCAAGCAGGCCCAGCCUUCCUGCUGCCAUCAGCUCUGCUUCUCCCCAGAGGAACUUAGGGAUUUCGCCCUGGUUUAAAAAAAAAAAAAAACACACACAACACAACAAAACACCAACAAGCCACAAGGACCAAUGUAGGUAUUCUCCCCGCCCCAUCUUCAAGACUCCUGGAAGAUGAUACGGAUUGGAAAAGAAAAAUCUUUUUUUUAAAUCUUUUUAAAAACUGCUGUGGUUUUGCUGCUACACUAAAAAUUGUGAUUUGCAUUGUAUGGUUUUGGACCGAUGCUGUUCACGUUUUGAUGGUGGGGAGGGAUGGUGUUGGAGUCCUGAUACUUCAGAUUCAUCUCUGUCCAGCCCAGGAUGCACUUUUAAAUGAAGAGUUAGAAUAUUUUAUUGGCUAAUAUACUUUUCUUGUUAUUUUUACAAAGGCCACCUUUCUCCUUUUUGAUGCCAUAUUUUCAGUGUUACACUUUUAUGGCUUUUAAUUUUCGAUUUGACAGAUGUAAGAAGCAGCAUGGAUAGUUUAUACUGUGGUUUUUUUUAGAGACUGAAUGCCAAGAGAACUCGGUAAAUGUUUAUUCUUCUCAGCUUUCUCUUGAAAUUCCCCUAAAUAGCGCCCCAUUUGGGAACAGAGCAAGAGUGUUGAACUGAAGACCAAAAUACCCUCAAGGUGUAAAAUAAUCCGAGGGGGGAAUAUUUGCUGGGCGACACGAAAGACUCAGAUGAAAUUUCAACCAUGAUGGUUUUCGGUGAUCCAGGAAGUCAGUGAGACAAUCUCUCUCUACCAGAGCCCUUUCGUGAUAAUUAGAAUGGUAUGGACACACCAAUGAAAAACGAGAGAAAGUGAGAAAGAUUGCCUGUGAUUCUGUUUCACUGUUUGCUUUCUCCUGUCAUGGUUAAGAGAAAUGUGCAAUUGGAUCCUCAAUCAGUGGGUGGAGGAUAACAGGGUAGAUUUACUUGUGUGCACUUGUACAGUCGUAGCUGCAAGUCCAGAGUCCUCUAGAGCAUGUGUACUGGCACUGAGUUGGUGAGACAGUUGUGGAGUACCCCAGUCUGAUGAGUACA